AUAAAAUCCUGCCAUAUUACAAUUUAGCUUAAUUUUAUUUGAAUAGCUAUUUUUUAAAUAAUGCCAAAAAGUCCAGUAUUCGGAACGGAGUGCUUACUGGGUGACCCGACGUUGGAAAAGGAAUUCAGGCGGUUAAAAAAACGAGACUUGACAGAGACGUACCUAUUCCAACUGGCAUGUGGUUCUUUGGGACAACAGAAUUGCAGUGGUGGUGACUUGAGGAAGCCUAUGAUGGAUAAGAUAAAAACAUCAACUCGUCCACAGCCGAAACAACUUGACGCUCAACCUGCUAUACCUGCAUCUGCCCGCAGAGGCGCUGCUGAGUCCUCGCGUCUCCCUGGAGGCAAACCCGCGGAACACCCGGACUGGAUCCGGGACAGGAAAGCGUUCAGAGAAGCGCUUGAAAGGAUGGGAGACCUGCGCAGAUGGCUCCACAAUAAACCCAUUCUUACCGACUCGGAGGUUCUCGUUAUGGAACGAGACAGACAAGCUCAGCGGAUGUCAUCAGUCCCUCCAGAAACAAGCAUUGCUCCAUCAGCACCAGAUGCUGUCACUUCUCCGAGCGAGCUUAGACAUGAAGUUGAAGAAGUGAACAGCUUUCUGUGCAUGUGCGAACCCUGCAACCUCUCCAAACUCUUGGACUGGAACGAGACUGGUCAAUUAAAGCGUGUAGACCUCUGUAAUCAAUUUAAGAAGGAAGGCUUCUUCAUACAACCUGAGCGGUUGAAUGUGCUGAUGUCUUCUUUGAAUACUAAAGAUGGAAACUCAGUAACUGUGGAAGACCUGGCUGCUGGUAUUCAGGCCUGGAGCAGAAAGCAUCAGGAAAAUGAAGAGCAGCAAUCAAACCCAGGUUAUUGGAAUGCAGACUGUGAGAAAAGGAUUGGGUCAAGACAUUAUCUUCCAAUACGUGGAGGGGAGAAAGAUGACCAGAAGGGCAUGCAGGAUGUGGAGGUGUUAGCGAUCAUGCGGAGAGUUCUGGCAGCCACCAAGACCUCCUGCCCUUCUUCUCUGAGUGGACCUAUGUGCAGAGAAGUGGAUCAUUUCAGGAGACUUUGUUUCAGAGAAUAUCUGAAAUCACUGGAGCAAUGCCAACGACAAGCGCUUAAUGUGAGCCAGGCCACACUACAGAAAGUCCUGUUGCACCCUGGUGACAUGAGCAUGUCAAGCAUCUUUAAAUUGGGAGGGAAAGGUCACUUCGGGACACCCAAAACUCAUCAAGCUGAAGGUGAUGCACAUAAGGGCCACAAAGAGAUGAAGAAGCAGCCUGUUUGCUGGGCGGACCCUAAUGCUUUCUGGCCUGGAAGGGAAGAUAAUGUGCGCUUGUUCCUGCCUGUAAUGACAUGCUCUCCUGCAAUGGUUUUAUUUCAGCGUAUCGAAACUACUGUUUUGCCAAGUCCUGGCCACUGGCCUGUAAAUCAUUUAGGAUACUCAACCUCUGGAGACAUAGAAGCUCGCAAAACGUACACCCUCUAGAAUAACUUGUACCAUAUUGAAUGUCUGUAUUAAAUAGGACAUUGUUGUUCUGACUUUCUAAAAAGCAAAUUUCUACCAUUAGUUUGCAUGCACAAGCAUUGAAGUAAUAGGUGUGUUUUAGAGGUUUUGUCACUCAACAUAUUCUAUCUAAUCUGUGACAGAUUAAACUAAAACAGUCAUGUUUGAUUUAAUAAAUAUAUUAU